AUUUUGCAAAGGCGAUUCAUUCGUGUUGCAGUGAGAGCGGUUAAAAAAUGCGAAGAAUAUUGCGCGUUUGUGCGUUUGUAAUAAUCGAUGUACUGUUUGCUGAACUCUGCACGUGCAUGCCGACGCCGCAGUUUUACAGCGGGAGUCCGGUGGUGGAGCACCCUGGCGCUGCCAGCCCGCGGGUCAGCGGGGGAGCGGGGGUGAGUACUGAGCUGCUGGCCCCGGGAUGUCCUGUGCACACUGCCCGGACACUGGUGAGCGACCCCGGCCGGCUGGUGGUGCGACGAGCGGACCUCGAGCCCAAGGUCGUCCCGGCGCGGGCGGACCAGGGCAGCACAACCGUCCACGUGCACCGGACACCAGUUCCGUGAGGCAGCUGACGUGUCGCGUCAGCUCUGUCAGUGUGAUCAACAUCGAAGGAACAUCCGUGCUCGACAUCGCGGCCGGCGUGUUCUCCUAGUUUUGAGCGCUGCGCAGAUUUUAAAAACAUUUCUGAACUUUUACAAUAUAUUCCUUAAGAAACCAGUUCACAAGUAAGAUGUCGUGAAUGUAGAUGGAAUAAUGUUUUGUUUAUUUCUAACCAUGGAAAAGAAUAUCUAAUGUUCCACAAUUGUAAUAUUUCCAUGCGCGCAGUUAAUACUGGAAAGCUAUUCAGAGAUCGGUUUAAAAUACCUCUAGCAAAUGAAGGUACUGCGACAACACAAGGCAUAAAUUCCCGGGUAAGAAUACGAACCCAGUAUUACUACGAACACUAUUUGGCAGUGAUAGAGCUAUUUCCGUGUAAAUGUAUAAUAUUUACGGAUAUCUGUAUUUUUAACAUUAAUAUUUAUUUUUUCGUUUGCAAAAAGAAUGUGCAGUGCAAGUCAUAUUUGGAUGCCAUGUUAUAUUACAUGGGUCAAUAAGUCUGGAGUAAAGCAUAUGAAUAAAUAGCACUUGAAGAAAUAAAGGUUUAGUAUCUGAAGGGAACUUGCGUUAGCAAAUGAACGAUUUGAUAUUUAUAAAUAAAAUAAGACAACCAAAUAAUUAAAUGAAACUACACAAACGAGAUUUGUCACUCAGUUUCCGUGUCAGAGCCGCGUGCUGUUUCCCCCCCGGACAUGAGUCACAGAGACUGAGCUAACCCGCCUGCGCUCGUACUCGCCAUUUGCCAACAGCACUGUCAAUGUAGACCGAUGUGAACCGAACACACACUUUUAAUGUGUAUCUUAGCUCUCGGUAUACUGUAUUUACUAGGAGUAAUUACUUGAAUCGGAAGUCGCAUGGAACGGAUAUGUGUAACCACGUUGCUGACAUUUGUGGCGAAUAACGGGAACCAAAUUUAACAAAGCAAAAAAGAAACUUUAUAGUGUUAACUGUUUAAAGAAUUUUAACAAAAUGGGCCUUUUAUUAUGGUAAUAAAAUUCGUUGUCGAAAAUCAGCUUGAGUUUAGUAAUUUUUUAAAUUUUUUUUCGCAUCUAUCGGAGCCGUUUCUUUGUAUAGGUUAACAUUUCGCUCUGCAAAUCGCAUAAUUCGGUUGUCCACGUAGCUGCUCUAGCAACGAAUUCUAGCGGCGUGUGCGGAAACUACGCUUGAUUCGCUUCCAGAAUUUAAAAAAAAAAAUAAUAUUCGUAUGU